GUGUCUUUCCCAGGGAACCUGCACUUAGUGAUGGUUCUUCGUCCCACGGGGUUUUUCCAGCGCACCUUCACUGACAUUGGAUUUCGUUUCAGUCAGGAGGAUUUUCUACUCAAAUUACCGGUUGUUAUGCUGAGCUCGGUUAGCGACCUGCUGACAUACAUUGAUGAACAGCAAUUAACCCCGGAGUUUGGAGGCACCCUGGAGUACUGCCACAGCGAGUGGGUCAUCUUCAGGACUGCAAUAGAGAGUUUUGCACUAACCGUGAAGGAAAUUGCACAGAUGUUACAAUCCUUUGGCACAGAGCUGGCAGAGACCGAGCUACCGGACGACAUGUAUUCAAUUGAGCGCAUCCUGGCCCUGCGCACAGAAAAGUACUACCAGCUCAAGGAGGAUAUUACAGCAGUCACAAAAGAGGGAAACUUGCUUUUGAGCAGUUUUGAAGAGCCUGGCUCCGGGGACUGCAGUCAGGACCAACACCACGAGAGGCCUGGGGACUGGGAGACUGUGAAUCGGUUACUUCGUCAGCUGCAUGAGAUGGAGACUGCUUUUGAUGGCUUCUGGGAAAAACACCAGUUAAAAAUGGAGCAAUAUUUACAACUGUGGAAGUUUGAGCAAAGUUUUCAAGAGGUCAAGAAUGCCAUUGAAUUUUUAAUGGGUCAGCAAGCGGAGCUGCCCGACACUGGUGACAGUGUCCCCCAAGUAAAACAGAGGCUCAAGGACUUGGGUCAUUUUGAUGGUAUGGCUCAGGAUCUGAUAGGGAAGACUCAGGUGGUGAUACUACAUGGACACCAGCUAGCAGCAAAUCAUCACUACGCACUCAACUUAAUUUGCCAGCAAUGCAACGAGCUGCGGCACCAUUCUGAUGUCUUGUCUGAUGAGAUCAAAAGGAAGCAGAUGCGGCUGCAGAAGACCUUGGAUCUUCAUAUGCGCCUUCAGCAGGCUCUGCAGUGCUGUGAUGAAGGUGCCUACCUGCUCGCCAACCAGCAGAUGGAUAAGUGCCAGUCUAAAGAAGGCGCUCAGAAAGCUCUCCAGGACAUAGAAAGAUUUCUUGAAAGCUCUUCAGCCUACUUAAACUAUGAUCCCCAAGCCCUACACUAUGAUUUUGAGUCAGUCUUAACAUCUGAAUUGAAGUGCCAGAUACAGUCAGUGCAGGUCAAGCUUGAAAAUGUUCGAAGCAUGUUUGAGAAUCGGCAGUCUUGCUUCAAGAAGCUGUUGGAUAAACACGUGCGGCCCGUCCAAUUAGUAGCCCCUCGGCCAGAAAAUCCACCAAGAUCAAAAUCACCAUUAUUCUCUCCUAAACAUGGUGUGGAUUUUAAUUCCAGUUUGAAAUUCUCAUUUGAUCUCUCUCUCCCUGGGAAGAAAACAUCAAGAAAAACUCUAAGUUCUCGCAAGAUCGAAGUAAUGCAUGACUAUCAGGAAAAACGGAAUUCCUUGCAGUCUUUUAUUUCAGACAGUGACGACAACUUAGAUAUACUAAAAGGCCAUGUCAUAAAUGAGCUUAUAGAAACUGAGAGAGUGUACGUAGAGGAACUCUUCACUGUUUUGACGGGCUACAGAGCUGAGAUGGAUAACCCCGCCAUGCUCAUCCUCAUGCCUCCUGUACUGAGGAACAGGAAGGAUGUCCUCUUUGGAAACAUGCCUGAGAUAUACGACUUCCACAACAAAAUUUUCCUGCACAGUCUGGAAAGCUGCCUGGGAGCACCCGAGAGAGUGGGAUUUUGUUUCCUAGACAGGCGAGAGGAUUUCCAGAUGUAUGAGAAGUACUGCCAGAACAAGCCCCGGUCGGAGUCCCUGUGGAGGCAAUGCUCCGAAAGCACCUUCUUCCAGGAAUGCCAAAGAAAAUUAGAGCACAAACUUGGGCUGGAUUCCUAUUUGCUCAAACCAGUGCAGCGCCUGACAAAAUACCAGUUACUUCUGAAGGAGUUGCUAAAGUACAGCACGAGCUGUGAUGGAGUUCAGGAACUUCAAGAAGCUCUGGUUGCAAUGUUGGAUUUGCUAAAGUCAGUCAAUGACUCGAUGCAUCAGAUUUCAAUAACAGGAUAUGAUGGUGACCUGAGUGAACUGGGGAAAGUAUUGAUGCAAGGAUCUUUCAGUGUUUGGACAGGACACCGAAAAGGUCCAACAAAAAUGAAGGAUCUUGCCAGGUUCAAGCCAAUGCAGAGGCAUCUGUUCCUGUACGAGAAAGCCUUGGUCUUCUGCAAGAAGCGAGAGGAGCAUGGAGAUGGAUAUGACAAAACCUCAUCUUACAGUUUUAAGCAUUUUUUGAAAAUGAAUGCAGUUGGAAUAACUGAGAAUGUGAAAGGAGAUCAUCGAAAAUUUGAAAUCUGGUAUAGUGGGCGAGAAGAGGUCUACGUUGUGCAGGCCCAAACAGUAGAUCUGAAGAUGGCAUGGUUGAAUGAAAUAAGAAAAAUUUUGUUCAAGCAGCAGGAACUUAUAAAAGUGGAGAAGCAGCAGCCUGGCUCAUGCACGGACCAGCUCCCACUCUCUUCCCAGCUGAGCGAUGGAAAGCAGCAGAGAGCCUCCAUAAGCUCAGAAGAGAACGACUCGGAGCGCACCAGCCCGGUGAUGCUGGACAGUGGGCUCCUGUCCCCGCAGAACAAGCCCCACAGAAGCUGGCCGGGAAUGUCACAGUCCCUGGAAAUCUGCGAGGGGCUGGAGGAGUGGUCGGGUAACCAGUACCUCUCCAACUGCUCGGACACCGAAGAGGAGGACGGGAACCAGCUGUCUCCAGGAAAAUAUAAAGCCCUUGCAGACUGCAAGAGGAGGGGAUCAGAGGACCUGCUGGUGAAAAACGGGGAUGAAAUUCAGCUUUUGCAUGAAGAUGGUGAGGGACAGUGGUUGGUGAAAAACCUAAACAGAAGAAAAGAAGGCUGGAUUCCUGUCCACAGUCUGCAGAUAGUAGUCGGUGACUGCAGAUUUCGGAAUGCCAAAGUCGCAGAUGCUGCCCUGUGUAACACGAGAAAGUUUAGUUCCCCUUGAAUUGAGGGUGAACUAGUAGCAUCCUAUUUUCGAUGCUCUUUGGAAGCUUUCAACUAAGUGUUACAGAGAAAUAGCACAAUAGUUGGAGUUGUCCUGUACUAUUCAUCACAUUCACAGACCUCCACAGCUUCAUCUGCACUGAACGGGACUGGGGUCCUAAGCAGCUUCUCAUAGUCAUAAAGGAAGCCAUUCUCUGCUCUUUCUUUUUUUUCUCCUGUGGAAAGUACAGUAUUUUAUUAAUUUUACCUGCUGUUUUUCCAUGACAUCCAUCACGUUUCAUCAAAGAAGUACACUACAGUUUCCUGAUACUUUGUUUAGAUGCUUGAAAUUUCCUCUACAGGUUGAAGGCUUUACCUACUUAUUAGCUGACAACUGUUGAAGUUGCAAAUAAAAGAGUUGAGUUUUGGUAAACCAAAAAAAAAAACCCCCAAAACCAAACAAAGAAGCUGUAUGUCCUGCUUAAUUGAUUUUAUGAAUGGAUUUUUCUUAAAUAUCUACUUCAGCUAUGUGAAUGUAAUGUUCUGUAAGAGCAUCAUCUGCCUGACUCACAUGCAAAGAUGCAAUAACGCUAAAGAUCCUCUUUUUGCACUUAGGGUCUGACUCCAGCCCAUUGCAGUCAGUCCCAUUGAUUUCAGUGAGGUUUGGAUCAGGUCAAACUGACAACUCAGGGUUGUCACCAAUCACUUAGGGUCCCAAAGUGUCCCAAGGCUGAAACCUGUAUCUAGCAAGUGUUGAAGUUUACAUGAAAUGUAUGUACUU